AGAGUUAGUGAGUGUGAAAGAGGGAGAGGGCAGAGAGAAGGAGAGAAAAGAAAGGAAGAGAAAGAGAUGGAGAGAAGACAGGCAAAUAGUGCGUGAGGAGUCAAACAAGAGCAGUGGGUGUAAAAAAGCAAACAUCAGAGGAAAGAGUUGUUUCAUCGACUGGUCAGCGGACUCACCAGGGGGAUUAUGUCCAAACCUUCGACCAACGUUAAGGCCCUUCAGGCUAAUUUGAACAUCCCGAUGGGAGCUCUGCGUCCAGGGGCGGGACUUCCUGUCAAGAGGAGAGAGGACACAGUAGAAACAGAAGAGGAUCCUUCACCUCCAAGCGCUGCAGCCCAGUCACCAGAGGAGAAGAAAUUGCCAGGAGCAGUGAAGCUACCUGGGCCUGUUGUUAACCUUUCAGAGAUACAAAACGCCAAGAGUGAACUACGAUGGGUCACCAAGGAGUAACAUGAUUCUCCAGCCAGGCGGAGAGGAAAGCAGAUAAUCUUCAUAGACACAGACUUGCCCACUGACUCUGAAGAAUGGCAAAAUACAACCCCAAUCCCAACAUGUUUGGAGAUACUAAUGCCUCAGUUUUUAUAAACUCUCCUCCAAUCAGUAGUUUCACACAAAUAUUUAUUUAUCUUUCCAAUUAAAUCAUAAUUUAUACAACAAUUUCAAAUAUUCUUGACAGUCUUGCUUCAGAUAAUAUAUCAUUUGCCUGGACUUUUAGAAGUGAGUGACUUGUGUUACAAUUACAACAUACUGUUAAGCAUAUUAUCUGCUUUUCUGUUAAGUAGAUGGUUAAAAAGGACAUUUUAUUGACAAGGAAUAUAAAUUCGAGGAAUCCAUCUCAGCAACAAAUAAACUCUGUGGUGACACUUCAGCUGUUCAUCACUGAUUUAUAUUGAUACUUUAUAUUGAUACAAUAAUAAAUGUUUCCUUUGCUAAUGUUGUAUGUGGGGUUUAAGGUCAGCUGUACUGCUUUUGGGGGGGAAUAAUCAUACGUUUGUUGUUUAUUGUGAUGUUUCCCAAAAUGUCUUGAAAAAACACUGCAAUAAAUCAAAAAGGUUCUAAAAA